AUGGAUAGACUCAUAAGGUUAGAUCCUUCAAACAUAGUACUAAUAAGAGUUGAACAAGGACAAAAAUGUCUAGGAAAAAUAACCUUAAACAAUGUCAUGUACACUAUGCCCGUUGCAUUUAGGAUUCAACCACUCAUCAAAACUAGGUACACCAUUAAACCUCAAUCAGGAAUCAUUUCUCCAUUAGCAUCACUUGUUAUAGAGAUAACAUAUCAUCCUCCACAACAACAAGGUUCAAACAAUCUUCCUCACUCUUUUCCUUUUUCAGAUGAUUCAUUUCUUCUACAUAGUGUUCUUGCUCCUGGUGCAGCCAUCAAAGAGCCUUCAUCCAUGUUUGAUUCUGUCCCAAGUGAUUGGUUCACUACUAAGAGAAAACAAGUUUUCAUUGAUAGUGCAAUCAAAGUCAUGUUUGUAGGGUCACAAAUUUUGACUCAACUUGUUGAAGAUGGUAACUCAAUGGAUGAUAUAAGAGAAGUGCUUGAAAAAAGUGAUCCUUUAUGGGAAUCUGUUAACUCUAGAGACUCAAAGGGACAAAGUUUGCUUCAUUUGGCUAUUUCGAAAACAAGACCUGAUCUUGUUCAAUUGAUCCUUGAAUUCAAGCCUGAUAUUGAAGCUACAAAUAUUGUUGGAUCGACUCCGCUUGAGGCCGCGUCUUCCUCGGGCGAAUCGUUGAUUGUUGAGCUUCUUUUAGCUCAUAAGGCCAACACAGAAGGAUCAGAAUCUUCGAUUUUUCGACCGAUUCAUCACGCGUCGAGAGAAGGGCACAUGGAGAUUCUUAGGCUUCUUUUACUCAAAGGUGCAAAAGUUGAUUCAUUGACUAAAGAUGGUAACACUUCUUUACACUUAGCUGUUGAAGAAAAAAGAAGAGAUUGUGCUAGGCUUUUGUUAGCAAACGGCGCGCGAACCGAUGUUCGAAACACAAGAGAAGGUGAUACACCUUUACACAUAGCAGCAGCCAAUGGAGAUGAGAACAUGGUGAAGCUUUUAUUGCAUAAAGGAGCUACAAAAUAUGUGAGAAACAAGCUAGGGAAAACAGCCUUCGAUGUUGCGGCCGAAAACGGUCACUCGCGCCUCUUCGACGCGCUUCGCUUAGGGGACAGUUUAUGCGCGGCAGCGCGAAAAGGCGAGGUGAGGACAAUCCAGAAGGUUUUGGAAAGUGGUGGAGUGAUCAACGGAAGAGAUCAAAAUGGAUGGACAUCACUUCAUAGAGCUUCAUUCAAAGGAAGAAUAGAUGCUGUUAGGUUUCUUGUGGAGAAAGGUAUUGAUUUGGAUGCAAAAGAUGAAGAUGGUUAUACAGCUUUGCAUUGUGCUGCUGAAUCAGGACAUGCUGAUGUGACUGAGUUUUUGGUUAAGAAAGGUGCUGAUGUUGAAGCAAGGACUAAUAAAGGUGUUAGUGCUUUGCAAAUUGUUGAGUCAUUGAACUAUGUAGGGAUUACAAGGAUACUUGUUAAUGGAGGUGCUAGUAGGGAAGGUUUAGGUGAAAGAUUACCAUCUACACCUUCUAAGAUUCCUUUUGGGAGUAAAGUUGAAGGCGGAAGUGCGAUGACGAUGAGGAAGAAGAUGAGUAGUCGAACUCGAGCGCUACGGAGUAGUUUCGAUCGUUCGAUGCCUUUGGCUGUUCUCUAA